AUGGUACGCGACGAUGAUGAUGCUGCUGAUAUUGAUGAGGGUGGAGGUGGUGGUCGUGGUGGUCGUGGUGUUCGUAGUGUUGGCUACGGCGGAGGUGCGAUUACCAGAUCCAUUGUAAGAGAAUCGAUCUAUAUCUCUGUACCAAAAAGAGUUGUAAUAACACAGCAAGGAGAAAGAGGAGAUUGUUUCUACAUCAUAAUAUCUGGAGCCGUAUCGGUUUACCAACAGAAGACACUAGACACCGAUGAUGACCUGGGAAGUCCAGUGAGCGAUGACUCAAUGCAGAGUUUGGACAGCCAUAUUUCAAAGGGCUAUGAGAUCAAACAGUAUCCUCCUAGUUUACAUUCAUCAUAUUUCGGCAACUUUAUUUCCAAUAUAGACGGUGGAAAAGCAUUUGGCGAACUGGCGCUUAUGUCGAAAGAUUGUAUUCGAACUGCUACUAUUGUAGCCGUGGACGGCGUUGAACUUCUAGCUGUCAGGAGGCAGGUAUAUCUCGAUUGUCUUCUAGAUCAUCAGACCCAAGAACUUCACACAAAGAGAUCCUUCAUUGAAAAGUAUAGAUUGUUUCGCGACUGGCCAGUACGACAGAAAACCAAUUUAGCUAUGGCACUACACCUUUAUAAACUAACAACAGGGAACUGUAUUGUCUCCCAAGGAGAGCCAUUUAAUGGGCUUCAUUUCCUGAUCAAGUGA